AGUCACCGACAGGAGAAAUAAAAGAGAAAAGUGCAAACAACAAACUGCUAGUGUAAACACACGAGUAGAAAACGUGUUAAUUAUUGGUCAACAUGAUGUUACGAACUCUUUCUCCUCCUCAGCUUUCCAAGAGGUCUCUCUGUCUCUGGUUAACUCCUUCACUUGAAGAACUGAAUCAGCUUCAGUACUCAGGAAGUUGAUCAGAGUCGUCGGUAGUGAUCAGAAGCCACAACUUGAGUUUUCCAUAGAAGAUAUGGGUGGGGGAAUUCGCACAAGCGUGAAGGGGUACCUCCUUUCGCAGCGGAUCACUAUGGCUUCGGAUACAGUGCAUGAAAAUGAGAGCACCAAUAGAAAUUUCACUGCGCCCCAAGCUGCUGAUUCAGAACAAGAGACGAGCACGGACUCGGAUUCAUCUCACUCAUAUUGGCUCAGUAGGUUUAGUGGUAGCAUUCCUUGCUUGCCAAUAUUGAGCUUUGCUUCAAAGUGGAAUUGCAGAGCAGGGUUUCAAAGGGAACUAGAAUCAGAGCUGAGAGUCUGCCUCACAGAGUGCCUUCAACUCUUCGGACAGAGGUUAAGAUCUUGCUAAAGAGCUUCUUUUUUAAUGAACUGAAAACCGCCACCAGGAACUUUCGGCCUGAGAAUGUGGUGGGUGACGGUGGUUUUGGUACUGUCUUUAAGGGGUGGAUUGAUCAGAAUUCAUUAGUAGCUGCCAACCCUGGUACAGGAAUGGCUGUUGCUAUAAAGAGGCUUAACCAAGAAGGUUUACAGGGUCGGGAGGAAGGGUUUACAGAAAUUUACUACCUUGGACAGCUGCGUCACCCAAAUCUUGUGAAGUUGAUAGGCUAUUGUUCAGAGGAUAACGAACUGCUACUGGUGUAUGAAUUUAUGCCCCGUGGCAGUUUGGAGAAUCAUAUAUAUAGAAGGAGUUCUCACUUUCAACCACUUUCGUGGACUGUUCGUAUGAAGAUUGCCCUUGGUGCUGCGAAGGCUCUAGCAUUUCUUCACAAUGAAGCAAAAGUUAUACAUCGUGACUUUAAAACAGCUAAUAUCCUGUUGGAUUCAACCUACAAUGUCAAGCUCUCUGAUUUUGGUUUGGCCGUGGAUGGGCGAUCAAUUGACAGACGAGGUGCCAAAACAAGGGGCAUCGGCACAUAUGGAUAUGCAGCUCCCGAGUAUAUAGAAACAAGGGUCCUGGGCACAUAUGGAUAUGCAGCUCCUGAGUAUGUAGCUACAGGUCGUCUAAACACCAAAUGUGAUGUGUAUGGUUUUGGAGUUGUUAUGCUCGAAUUGGUGUCUGGAAAACGAGUUGUUGACACGAACCGGCCACCCGGGGAACAGAACUUAGUUGAAUGGGCCAAACCUUACCUUGUCAGCAAACACAGAAUCCUCCAAAUUUUUGAUUCUCGUAUUAAAGGCCAGUUCUCUGUGGCCAGAGCUCUUAAAGCAGUUGACCUUGCAUUUCUUUGCCUAUCAACAGAUCCCAAGCUUAGGCCAAACAUGAAUAAUGUGGUAAAAACAUUGGAGAAGCUUCAGGCAUCCAGUGACAUGGACGGCUUGGGGAUCUCUCAAAAUCAACGUCGCCAAAAUCCAAUGUCAGUUCAAUCAAUGGUCCCAAAUAGUGCAGGAGAAGUAUCAAUGGAACCAGCAAUUCAACACCCUUGAUCGAGUUUUUCAUUGAUUCAAAGGAAGUAGUUGGGAUUCAGGCCAGGGAAGAAAACAAAAGGAAGGAGAACAUGAAUGGCACAUAUAAUUAUAUAUUGAAAUUCAUAUGUUGUAAUGAGUAUGUACAGCGACAGUUUAUUGUAGAGAUUUUAGUUUCGUGAACGUCUGCAUGGUUACUUGUC